AUGCUAGCUCAAGAAGAAGUACUAAUCGGAAUCAAAGGAAAACGCAGCAAGCGGCCGCGUAAUUCCGAGCCCGUAAUCGCAUCACCGUCCGACUCAGACGACCACGCACAAAGCACGGUGGAGGAGGAAGAAGAAGACAUGGCCAACUGCUUGAUCCUCUUGGCCAAGGGCUCACUUCCGGCGGCGGUGCCGCCGGCGGCGGCCGCGGCGGCGGAGGUCUACCAGUGCAAGACGUGCGAUAAAAGCUUCUCCUCUUUCCAAGCGCUGGGGGGCCACCGGGCGAGCCACAAGAAGCCCGGAAGCCGGCCCGUGUCUGCGGGAGAUGAGAAAAGGGUGGCUGAUGAAUUCCGAUCGGACGGCUGUGGUGAGAGUCCGGUAAGUUUAUCGCUACAGGUCUCGAGCAAGGCGAGGGUCCACGAGUGCGCGAUUUGUGGGGCUGAGUUUGCCUCCGGUCAGGCACUGGGCGGCCACAUGAGGCGGCACAGGCCGAUUCUUCCGGCGGCGGUGGCGGCGGCUCCGGGAGGUGGAAUUGAGGGUCGGGAAGUGAAGAGGGCGAGGAAUUUGCUGUCUUUGGACCUUAAUCUUCCGGCGCCGGAGGAUGACGUGGAGUCGGAUAAGUUCGCCUUUGCGGGGAAAGAGCAAGUUCUGGUGUUCUCCGCCUCGCCGCUGGUUGACUGCCAUUAUUAG